AGAGGAAGGAGGGGCGGACGCGGUGGCGCGCGGAGGGCCGGGAAUGUCCGAGGCGCGGGGCCCCAGAGUCGCCCCGAGGCAGCGUCCGGGCGAUGGCUCUCCGUCUUGUCGCCGACUUCGAUCUCAGGAAGGACGUGCUACCGUGGCUGCGGGCGGCGUCAGCGGCCGCUGCGCCCGGAGGCGGCGGCCCAGAUAUUUUAGAAAACAAUUAUGAGAGCUUACGCAUACUAAAUAUUGAAAGAAAUGGAAAUGUUAUUUAUACCUAUAAGGAUGAUAAGGGAAAUGUCUUCUUUGGAUUGUAUGAUUACCAAACCAAACAAAAUGAGCAUCUCUAUACAUUUGAGAAAGACCUGCAAGCUGUCAGUUGCUCUGUCAACAGCGAAAGGACUUUGCUGGCUGCAAGUUUAGUUCAAGCUGCUAAAGAAGGAAAAAGGAAUGAGCUUCAACCAGGAUCAAAGUGCUUAACUUUGUUGGUUGAAAUCCACCCCGUUAACAAUGUGAAGGCUAAAGCAGUGGAUAGCUGUAUUUGGGUACAGUUCCUCCACCCGCAUGUUGAAAGUCGCCCUCUACCAGUGAAUCAUCUGUUACUGAUUUCAGAGGAGAAAUAUAUUGAACAAUUUCAUAUCCAGGUUAUCCAAGAAGAUGGAAAUAGAGUGGUCAUUAAAAAUUCUGGCCAUCUCCCAAGAGAGAGAAUAGCUGAAGAUUUUGUUUGGGCUCAGUGGGAUAUGUCAGAACAGAGAUUGUACUACAUUGAUUUGAAGAAAUCAAAAAGUAUCCUAAAAUGCAUCCAGUUUUAUGCUGAUGAGCACUUUACCUUAAUGUUUGAAGCACCCUUGGACAUAUCAUUAAGUAACUCAGGAUUCAAACUUGUCAACUUUAGAUAUGAUGAUAUUCAAGACCAAGAGAAGUUGUCCAGACACCCGACCUUGUGUGUUUUUACUAACCAUACAGGAAGUCUGUGUGUAUGUUACUGCCCGAGCCCUGACCCUCAGGAACAAAUCACAUAUUCAGUGUUUUACUUUCAUAAAGGGCACAGCAAGACCUUCACUGCUGCUCUUGAGAGUGUGGACUCAGGUGUGACAAAGGGCGUUACUUUUCUCAACCUUGAUUAUUAUGUGGCUGUUUACUUACCCGGUCAUUUCUUUCACCUACUUAACAUUCAGCAUCCAGACCUGAUCUGCCACAGUCUGUUUCUGACAGGAAACAACGAAGUGAUUGAUCUGCUACCUCAUCGCCCUUUACAGUCCCUAUCAGGGUCCCUGGUUCUGGAUCGGUGUUCUGGAAAGCUCUAUAGGGCGCUCCUCAACCAGUCCUAUUUGUUGGAGUUCCUGUGGAACGCCCGGCUGGACUGUGAGAAGAUGGCCUUGAUGCACUGCGUGCUCUCGUGUGGCCGAGACCCACGGCAAACGGAAGCCAAGAUUAUUCAAUGGAUUUCUGAGAACAUCUCUGCUUGCCAUUCAUUUGACCUCAUUCAGGAGUUUAUAAUUGCAUCUUCAUAUUGGAGCAUCUAUCCCGAGACAAGUAACAUGGAUACACUCCUGCCAUAUUCCUCACUGCUCACCUGGGAUACAGAAAUUCCUGGAAUAACCCUUGUGACAGAAGAGAUCCCAUUGCCUCUUAUGAAGGUGCACAGCUUUAAGGGCUACUGGGAAAAACUGAAUGCCAACCUGGAAUAUGUUAAGUACUCCAAGCCACACUUACACUAUAACAACAGCAUGGUCAGGAGAGAGUGGCUCAGCCUGAUCUCGGAAGAGAAAACAAGAAAAAGAAGGUCGAUGGUGUAUGUGAGAAAUAUUCUUGAUAAUGCAAUGAAGGUGAUUUCUAACCUAGAAGCAAGGAGUGCGGAGCCAAGGUUAACACCCCUCUUCCAAGAGGAAGACAACCACCAGCGGCUGCUUAUGGGGCUGAUGGUGUCUGAGCUAAAAGACCAUCUUUUGAGACACCUACAGGGUGUAGAAAAGAAGAAAAUUGAACAGAUGGUUCUGGACUACGUUUCAAAACUGCUGGAUCUCAUUUGCCAAAUACUGGAAGCCAGUUGGAGGAAACAUAAUCUUCAUCCCUGGGUUCUCCACUUUGAUAGGCGGGCAAGUGCUGCUGAAUAUGCGGUCUUUCACAUCAUGACCAGGAUUUUAGAAGCUACUAAUAGUUUGUUUUUACCUCUGCCUCCCGGUUUUCACACUCUGCACACGAUCCUUGGCGUCCGCUGUCUCCCUUUGCAUAACCUGCUGCAUUACAUUGAUAAUGGAGUGCUGCUUCUCACAGAAACAGCUGUCACGAGGCUCAUGAAAGAUCUGGACAAUACAGAGAAAAAUGAAAAACUGAAAUUCAGCAUCAUUGUGCGGCUUCCUCCGCUUAUCGGUCAGAAGAUCUGCCGCCUUUGGGAUCAUCCUGUGAGUUCUAACAUUAUUUCCCGGAACCAUGUAAAGCACCUGCUUCAGAACUAUAACAAACAGCCUCAGAGUUGUGUGAUGGACAAGACAUCAUUCAGUGUAGAAUUUCUGCCGCUGAACUUCUUAAUUGAAAUACUGACAGAUAUGGAGUCUUCUGAUCCAGCUCUGUAUGCUUUUGAAGGACAUGACAAUGUAGAUGCAAAAUUUGUGGAGGAAGCAGCUCUGAAACACACCACAGCGCUUUUAGGCUUAUAAAAGAGAAAUGCAAUUGUAUCAGCUUCCAGUAUUUUAAUCUUGCUCAUUUCCACUGAGAAUCCUUUUGCAGUGUUUUAAACUGGUAACCCAAAUCAGAAUACAUUGUUGAGCCAUCUGAAUUUCAAUCUGGGGAGUUCCUGUCAUGGGGCAGUGGAAGCCAAUCGACUAGGAAGCAUGAGGCUGUGGGUUUGAUCCCUGGCUUCGCUCAGUGAGUUAAGAAUCUGGCGUUGCCAUGAGCUGUGGUGUACGUGGUAGACACGGCUCAGCUCUGGCAUUGCUAUGGCUGUGCUGUGGCUGUGGCUGGCAGCUGUAGCUCUGAUUGGACCCCUAGCCUGGGAGCCUCCAUAUGCUAUGGUUGCAACCCUGAAAAAACAAAACAAACAAAAAACCUGAAUUUCAGUUUGGUACUUGUUCAGACAGAACUAGACUACUGUGCUUCACCUUGUUUUGAACAGCAGAUGAGCAGUCAAGUGUCGAGGAGUGUCGGCUGGUCCAAGGAGGCAGGCAUUGGCGUACAUGAUGCUCUUCGGAGUGGCUUAUCUCCCUGGGGCUUUCAUAGACCAAAAGCUAGUUUCUGUUACACUCUGAAAUGAAAUAUGCUUUAAAGAUGUAGAAACAGUGCUGAGGAAAACAAAAAUUAGAUGUGUCACUGAAAAAUAGCAUAUAACAAGCAGAAAAAUUAAAUGGUGCAUGUAAACUCUAUUUGGAAAGAGGAUACUUAAAAAAAAAAAACCCUGAAUUUGGACUAAGUCAAAUCUGCUAAUUCCAGCAUCAAAUAAUUUGUGACAUGUAGCAUUUUGUACAUACCUAGAAUAGGAUUUGUCUCUCUGAUGGUUCAGAUGGAACUGUAUUUAAUACUGUAAAGUUAUUUUUAUAUUUAUAAAAGUUUGAUUUAGUAAUUCUUGCCAUAAAAAAGUACUAAAAGUUU